UAUAGGUUUGGGCCAAUGGAAGUCUACUGCCGGGACGCGUUCAGUAGAGUCGUGCGUGAAUUGGCGUGUUUGGUAGCCUACAUCUGGAAGUUUAGCAGUUUUCAGGAAAGAACAGGCCGUGACCCCUUCUGGAAAGUAGGACCUGGGCCGUAACGAUCACAGGGCAAACAUGGGGAAGAGGUACUACUGUGAUUAUUGUGACCGGUCCUUCCAGGACAACAUGCACAACCGCAAGAAGCACCUGAAUGGUGUCCAGCAUCACAGGGCCAAAAAGGCCUGGUUCCACAACUUCAGAGAUGCUGCAGCAAUAUUGGUUGAGGAGCAAACCAAGAAACCCUGCAGGAAGUUUAUUCAGACAGGACAAUGUGGGUUCGGCACAAGCUGCAUUUUUUCUCACAUGACUGAAAAGGACAUGGCAAGCCUCAGACAACAGAUUGAGGAUGAAAAGCGACGGAAGGAGGAUCCUGAGGAGGGGGCGCCGUGCCCUGAGCGGAGCGUGGAGGAGUGGCUGGCCAGGAGGGAGAAGAGGAAGGAGGCUCUCCGCACGGGCAGCUUGAUGGAAGAGGAAGAGGAAGAGGAUCCCUCUAUCGACUUGCCCCCACAUUUUAUCUCGAUCCCGGACCUUCCCCCUUCCCUGCUGCCCCCACCACCUGGAGGGUGGAAGGGUGUGCCCCGUACAGAGUGGGGUUAAAGGUCAUAUCCCACACAGAACAGAACUAAAAGUCAUGUAUACAUUUGGGAUGGAAGGCUGUGUCGUCUCAUCUGUCUUGGGGACAACUUCUGCUGCCUGGAUGGACAAAGUGCACUUUUCUCCACGCCCGCCAGCUUGUUUGGGAGGGCGGUAGAUUUUGGGACUGAGGUUGAACAGCCAGUCACUGUGGGACUGCAUACAGAAGCACAACCUGUUCCAGUUCUAACUUCAGAGAGGCACAUCACUUUGGUGCAGACAAAAGAAAUUAAGUUGGGUACACAAUGAUUAAUUGAUCUGUUUUUUGAGGUCUAAAGAUACAUGAUGUAAUUAUUGUAUUGAAGUACACUAAACAUUGAAGUACCUAACAGUCACAGAAAGUGCUCACAGUCACACAAUGUCUACAUGCAGUGAAUUCACUGAAGAUCCAUCUUUGUGAUGCCUUUGGGUCAGAGUGGUAUGAGUUGGGUUAGAAUGGUAUGAAGCCAGCUGAAAUUGUCAGCUAUUCUACAACUGUAAGCUAGUUCAGUAGUGAGUUAUUGCAGUACCUCUUUAUAAGUCAUUGAAUAGCAUCAAACAUAAGCCACAUUAUGCUGGCAGAUUUUUUGUAUUUUUAACUGUAAUAUAUUUGUAAUUUUCCCAGUUGAUUUAUUGGAGGAUCUCAAAUGCUAAUCUUUGUCCACCAUGAGCUGUGUGGACUACAGUACUCCCUGCUUUGAAAGCAAUUGCUACAGAAUUUGCUUACUAGCCAGCUACUGUGUGGGAAGGGUAGAAUUCAAAGUGCUCUCAAAAUGAAUGAGAAGGGGUUGAUACAGGGUGAAAUUUGAAUGCUUUUUAGAGUCUGAAGAGGAAUGUAUGCAACCACAAACUCUGACCCCCAGAAGCCAGUUGGUGGGUUAUAACCACUGAGCGUUAUGGGGUGUUAGAUGAGACU